UGCUAGGUGGAGCGUCCCGGGUCUGUGGACUCUCCUAGCGGAGCGCAGAGCCGGCGCAGCCCACCAGGGGGACCCCCACCCUCCCAGGAGGCGUCUGAUAAGAAAGCUAGCGAGGGGCGUGGAGCCCCGGGUCCUUGCGGCGUCUGCUCCAAUAAAACCUGGCGGGGGCCGGGGCUCCCCCGCACUGCUCGGGACACAGGAGGCGCGCGGGCCGUGGGCUGCGGGACUCGGAGCUCAGCCGGCGGCGGGAGGCGCGCGCCGCGGGAGGGUGUGUCGUUUGCACCUUCUGGCCUUGGGGCCCGAAGAGGAGCCGCUGCCGGCCGCUCUUCAUCUUCUCGACGAAUAAAAGAUUGAACUAUGAUAGCAACUGGUGGAGUGAUAACCGGCUUAGCCGCCCUGAAAAGGCAGGACUCUGCCAGAUCGCAACAGCAUGUCAAUAUCUGCCCAUCACCCACAGCCCAAGAGAAGAAACCAGUCAGGCGUCGACCUAGGGCCGAUGUAGUUGUUGUUCGAGGCAAAAUCCGACUUUAUUCUCCAUCGGGAUUUUUUCUCAUUUUAGGAGUGCUUAUCUCCAUUGUAGGAAUUGCCAUGGCAGUCCUAGGAUAUUGGCCCCAAAAAGAACAUUUUAUCGAUGCCGAGACAACAUUGUCAACGAAUGAAACUCAAGUCAUUAGAAACCAAGGUGGUGUUGUGGUUCGCUUCUUUGAGCAACAUUUGCAUUCUGAUAAAAUGAAAAUGCUUGGCCCUUUCACCAUGGGAAUUGGUAUUUUCAUUUUCAUCUGUGCUAAUGCCAUUCUUCAUGAGAACCGUGACAGAGAAACCAAAAUCAUACACAUGAGGGACAUCUAUUCUACCGUCAUAGACAUCCAUGCAUUAAGAAUCAAGGAGCAAAAGCAUAUGAAUGGCAUCUACACUGGUUUGAUGGGAGAAACAGAAGUAAAACAGAAUGGGAGCUCCUGUGCUUCCAAAUUGGCUGCAAAUAGCAUUGCCUCUUUCUCAGGUUUUAGGAGCAGUUUCCGGAUGGACAGUUCUGUUGAGGAAGAUGAGCUUGCUCUAAAUGAAAAUAAUAAGACUUUGGGGCAUCUCAUGCCCCCUUUGCUGUCUGACAGCUCUGUCUCUGUCUUUGGCCUCUACACACCUCCUUCCAAGACUGUGGAUGAUAAGAACAGUGGCCCCAAGAAAUGUGAAACCAAGUCCAUUGUGUCAUCAUCCAUCAGUGCUUUUACUUUGCCCGUAAUCAAACUUAAUAACUGUGUCAUUGAUGAGCCCAGCAUAGAUAACAUCACUGAGGAUGCUGAUAAUUUCAAAAGCAGGUCAAGGAAUUUGUCUGUGGAUUCUCUCCCAUUGCCUAAUACCGGUGAAUCCUUCCAGGCAGUGAAUUCCCUACUCCCUCGGAAUCAUUCUGUUGGAGAGUCAUUGUCAAGCCAGUAUAAGUCCUCUGUGGCCCUUGGGCCUGGAUCUGGGCAGCUCUUGUCUCCUGGGGCUGCCCGAAGACAGUUUGGCUCCAACACAUCCUUGCAUUUGCUCUCAUCACACUCUAAAUCUCUAGAUUUAGACCGAGGACCCUCGACCCUAACUGUUCAGUCAGAGCAACGGAAACAUCCAAGUUGGCCUCGUUUGGAUCGAAGCAACAGCAAAGGAUAUAUGAAACUAGAGAAUAAAGAAGACCCAAUGGAGAGGUUGCUUGUGCCCCAAGCUGUAAUCAAAAAGGACUUUACCAAUAAGGAGAAACUUCUUAUGAUUUCAAGAUCUCACAAUAAUUUGAGUUUUGAACAUGAUGAAUUUUUGAGUAAUAAUCUAAAGCGGGGAACAUCUGAAACAAGAUUUUAAUGAUUAAAAUAUAUAAUUUUGCAGACUAUAUAUUUUUAAACUAUUUUUACCAUUGUUUCCUUGAUAACGCUUUAGUCGUAAACCUUCAAAAUGAAAUGGUGUGUCGUGUACUAGAAGUGGCUGCUUAAUUCUGUAACUGAGAUGGUUUUAAGUUUGGGUUACUUAUUAUUAUGAUACUCUGUAUUGUCACACAUGAGAUUACUUUUUCCAGUCCUUUGAAGCAUGGUCUCUUUAAUUAAUAUAAAUAUAAAUUGCUUCCAUUUGAAUUAAAGCUCAUUUCCUUUACUUUUA